UACGGCUGUGGUGGUGCUCGCGACUGACUGAAACUGAAACGAAAACGAAAGUGUUAAAUAAAUAGACGUUAUUUGCUGUAAAACAAAUAAGAAGCGUUGACAUAAUAGAGUAUUAAAAUGAAAGCGUUCAUAGUGGCCGGUAUUUGCUUGAUUAGCAUUGUGAGUUUAAGCUCUGCGCAAUUUUCCAAUGGACGCGUUUUGGAUCCACCCAAUCCACAAUUGUGCGCUCAAAGGAUUAUUCACGAAAAGACACCCGAUGGCAAAGGGUAUUUCUUCUCGUGGCGCGAUCCACAAUUGAAGGGUGUAGAAGAAGAUUGGUUGACAGCUAGAAACUUCUGUCGCAGACGUUGUAUGGACUCAGUGUCGUUGGAAACAAGCUUAGAAAACGAAUGGGUUAAACAGCGCUUGGUUAACGAAAACGUGAAAUACAUCUGGACCAGCGGUCGAUUGUGCGACUUUAAGGGUUGCGAACGUCCCGAUUUACAGCCCACCAACAUCAAUGGUUGGUUCUGGACCGCUACUCUGCAAAAAUUGGCACCCACCUCGGAACGUUCUCAGGGCGAUUGGUCGCCCAGCGGUGGUAUUGGACUUCCCCAGCCUGACAACCGUGAAUACAAACAGAACGGUGCUCCUGAAAAUUGCCUGGCCCUGCUAAAUCAGUUCUACAAUGAUGGCGUCAACUGGCACGAUGUUGCGUGCCAUCACAAGAAACCAUUUGUGUGUGAGGAAAACGAUGCCCUACUCAAGUACGUGCGCUACACAAACCCAAAUCUGCGCAUUUAAAGAUGAUGAAUAAUGAAAUAGUUGCGUAUAAAAGGAAGCAAAGCAAGGAGAAUAAUGCAACUGUACUAGGAAAUGCUGGAGUGAAACCAAAAAUGUUUUCUUUCGUAUAAAAUGUUAUCUAUAAAAGCAAAUGCUCCUAUGAGCGAUGCACUCUUUCCUUCUUUCUGCUUUAUACCUUUUGAUCUAUUUCCCCUUUCUAUUAACUACAAGGCACAUAUAUACAUACAUAUGUAAGCGCCAAUAUACAUAUUU